CAUGCGUUUAAAGGACAAAGCUACCUCUCUUUACUCUCUCUCUUGUGGGCACGUUUUUUUUUACAAGUCAAAAAUAUAGUUGCGAGAGUGCAUUUCGAUACGUAUGUACAGAGUUUAAUGGUCCAGUCAUCUUCUUACAUGUUUCUCGACUCCGUGACGCAGACAGGCGUUUGACAGAAGAGAAUGGAGUCUGUCUUCUAGGCAAGUGCGCGCGCGUACAGUUUUCGUUAAUUGCACUUGGACUGUUAACCCAAACGUGUCAAUUUCAUGGAAAAUAUUACGACGUCUCGAGAUUGCGGUACACCGGACGAAGCUGCAUUCGAAGAUCUCGGAAGAUCUAGAGUACAAAAUGAAGCCUUUGAUCGAAUUCGAAGAAUGUUUACGAGAUACACCGAAAUUUCGAUCCUGUAUCGAAGAGGAGGAGAAGAAUAUAGAUCAACUUGAACAAAAAUUAGAUAAGGUGUUGAAGAAUUGCAGCUUAACCAUUGACACUGGAAAAGCCUUUGUUGGACAGCAAAAUCAGUUUGCUAAUAGUCUAUGGGAGUUGUCUACGUACUUUGGUGAUGAUCCCGAAAUAAUGGCAUUCUUAAAUAAACUUAUUCAUGCCUUGCAAGAAAUGAACAAGUAUCACACUAUUUUGUUGGAUCAAGCUUCUAGGACUGUAAUGAAAGAUCUUAAUAAUUUUAUUAAAUGUGACAUCAAGAGAGUAAAGGAAUCUCGGCAUUAUUUUGAAAGAAUUUCUGGUGAUCUCGACAUUGCGCUAAAUAGAAAUUCUCAAGUGCCGAAAUCUCGGCCUGCAGAAUAUGAAGAAGCGUCGAAUAUCCUGUCGGCUACUCGAUCGUGCUUCCGACACACUGCGUUAGAUUACAUUCAUGUAUUGACGAUGCUGCAAGCGCGCAAGCGACACGAAAUAUUAGGCACGUUGUUGAGUUAUAUGCACGCAUGUAUCACUUAUUAUCAUCAAGGUAGCGAUCUCGCCCAGGAUCUAGAUCCGUUUCUGAAAGAUCUCGAUGAAAACUUAGUCAAGAUGAGGGGUGAUUCAAACAAACUUGAAAAGGAAAUGGAAAAUCGGCACAUCUAUGUUAAUAAUCGAGAUCUGAUUCCGUCUCCGGUACCUGGCAAUCCCAAGAUGGAAGGAUACCUAUUUAAAAGGACCAGUAAUGCUUUCAAAACCUGGAAUAGGAGGUGGUUUUGCUUAAAGGAUCACCAAUUGGUAUAUCGGAAACGAACAGGUGAUGAAGGCUAUACAAUUAUGGAAGAAGAUCUGCGAUUAUGCACUGUAAAACCUGUGGUUGACUGCGAAAGGAGAAAUUGUUUUGAAGUUUUAAGUCCGGCAAAGAGCCACAUGUUGCAAGCAGAUAGCGAAGAAACAUAUUUGGCUUGGGUGACUGCUAUGCAGCAAGCUAUCGGUGCUGCCAUUCAGAGAGGUAUGAGUAUAGGUUCUGGUGUUAAUCCACACGAGUCGCAAUCACGCGAUAAUAAGGGUCCUGUGAGAAGAUUAACAAAACCAAGAUCGAGAGUAUGGGAACAGUUAUUAAAGAUCUCAGGUAAUGAAGUAUGUUGUGAUUGUGGUGAUGCUAACCCAAGGUGGGCCAGUAUCAAUCUAGGCAUUACGCUUUGCAUAGAAUGUUCUGGUGUACAUAGAAGUCUUGGAGUGCACUAUAGCAAAGUUCGCUCCUUGACUUUGGAUGAUUGGGAACCAGAAAUAUUAAAAGUGAUGGCAGAAUUAGGUAAUUCUGUUGUAAACAGUAUAUAUGAGGCUCUACCUAUCCCUUCCGACAUUACUAAAGCUACACCAAAAUGCAAUGGUAAUAUUCGGGAAGCUUGGAUAAAAUUGAAGUACGUUGAUCGUAAAUUUGUGAAACCUCUGACUGACGUGAUAUCAACCAGGCAUCACGCCAGUCGAGAUCAAAAGCAUUUUCGAAAAUGGAGCGUGCGUAAAUUACGUCGCAGACCACGCAGUUGCGAUAAUAUCGAUAAUAGUACUCGCAAUAAAACGAUGUUGUUAUCCGUAAAAGAAGGUCAUCAUUCAACGAGUUCUGACGAUAGCAAGCACACGUCGAUUGAUAGCUUGAAUUCUGUUGGAAAAGCGAAGAAGACUGAACGGAAUUCAGUAAGUUCGGAUGACAGCGCUAACGUAGAUUUGAAAAAUAACUCUACUCUCUAUGGAAAGAUCUUAAAUCGUUCGCAAAACGAUAUGAACGAUGGUAAUAAACAUGUUAUUAAAACUACCGCAGCUAGUGGAGAAGCUGCAAGCAGCGAAUCAACGCAAGAUAGUAAUCUGUUAGAAAGAGAAGACAAAGUGAAUUUAUCGACAACGAAUACUAGUACACCUUCAGUUGGCGAAACGGAUGACAGUUCCAGCAAACACACCGAUGAUACCAAAGACGAUAAUAAAAACGUUUUGGAAAAUACAGAUCGAACAGAGAAGCACUGCAAUGAAAAAACAGAAUCGGAUAUAUUAAUGUUCGGUUGCGACGUACCAAAACCGAUUAUGGACGGCAACUUAGAAUUGAGCUCCGACCAAGAUUCAACGGCUGGUGAAGACGAAGAAUUUACCGAUGAAGAAGAUAUCGAAAAUCUACAUCCCGAGCUACUGCUUUACAAGGCUGCAGCGGCACACAAUUUGCCCGUAAUGUGUGCGGCAUUGGCAGCUGGUGCUGACAAAUUAUGGUCCAAUGUUAAUGAUAAAGACCGCAGCGCGUUGCACCAAGCGAUAAUAAGUGGGUCUGUCAUGUCGUGUGAAUAUCUUCUUUUGAAUGGCGCGCGAAUUAAUUGUCAAGAUGUCGAGGGAAAAACGCCAUUACAUUUAGCAACAGAAUUAGGACAUACUGCCCAAGUGUGCUUGCUUCUGAAACACCGUGCUGAUCAACACAUCGAAGAUGAAAGCGGAAUAAAACCGUUGUCAAUCGCUGUAAAAGAAGCAAAUGCUGAUAUCGUUACUUUACUACGGCUUGGCCUGCUAAAUGAAGAAAUGAAAGAUUCUGAGAUAGGCGUCACAGGCGAUGAAACAUUCAAUGACGUCGUUCGUGAUUUCAGCCAGUUGGCUUGCUCGCAUCCGGAACGACUGCAACGUCGAAAUGAAACCACGAAUCUGCCACAUAUGUCUGAAUGAGGUUUACAUAUUCUCAUAUAACUAUUUACAGAGAUUUACGCACGCGAACAAAUAAUAUCUUGAAUAUUAAAUUUGCAAAAGUUAUUGCAAAGUAUUGAUUGAUUAUCACAUAAAUGUGACUGAGAAAAUAGAUAACAUCUAGAAUCAUUUCACAUAAAAACAUCAUCAUUAUAUUCCUUUUAUUUUCAUGUGUAGGAAACUAUAAUUAAUUAUCUUGACAUUUAAAAUAAUAUUACAUUCUCUCAA